AUUAUGCAAAGAAAACAAGAAAACACACAUCGUAUAUUCUUCAAACCACACUGAUAUAUAUCAUGGGUCCAAUAUUGUUGUACUCUACAUAAAUUUAGAGCUUUUUCAUGUGAAGACACGAUCCGGAUCUGCCGCUCCUUCUCCUUUCACAAUAUUGCCAUCUCCCUUUCACACAAACACACUUUUCUUUCUCUCAUUAUCUUUAAGAGAGAGAAGAAGGGGUUGUGGGAGCUAGUUAGCUAGCCUUAUCUUUUUGUUUUUUUGAUAGAGUUAGAAUAAAAGUUUUAAUUAUUACAAAGAAAAAAAUUAAUAUGGAAGAACAAUAUGGGAUAACGGAUCUAACUCAUUAUAUGAAUGGAAGAACUAUCUUUAGUAGUACUAGUAUCCAACAUCCACCACCUCAAGCUCAUGAUCUACACUAUGAGAUGGUGAUGUUGGGUGCUAGUGGUUGUACCGGUGGCGGUGGCGGUGGCGGUGGCGUUUUGUUUCGAUCUGAUUCGAACACGGGUGGUUCCACGACUGCUAGUCUUAGCGUUGGUGGUGGCGGCGGCGGCGGUGGGUUAGAGAUGGAAAUCGGUGGUGGUGGUUUAGAAAUGGAAAUUGGUGGUGGUUGUGGUGCAAAUGGUAGGUGGCCAAGGCAAGAAACUCUUACCCUUUUAGAAGUUAGAUCAAGGCUUGAUUCUAAGUUCAAAGAAGCUAAUCAGAAAGGCCCCUUGUGGGAUGAAGUUUCUAGGAUUAUGUCUGAGGAACAUGGGUAUCAAAGAACUGGGAAAAAAUGUAGAGAAAAGUUUGAGAAUUUGUACAAGUAUUACAAGAAAACUAAAGAAGGGAAAGCAGGAAGACAAGAUGGGAAGCAUUAUCGAUUUUUUCGACAACUUGAAGCUCUCUACGGCGAAACUAGUACUAGUAAUAUUAAUCAUAACCCUCCUCCCUCUUUUUCAAAUGCUCAUAAUCUUAAUGGUGAAACUAGUGCUUUUCAAUCUCAUUUGCACCCAAAUAAUAGUUAUAACCAAGAACCAUUUAAACCUGUAGUCCCUUCAAGGCUAUGUGAUAGUCCUAGCCUUUCCAACAAUUCUUCGGCUUUUGACAAUUCUUCAUCGGAUUAUAGUAAUCCGAACGAGUUCAUGGAAAAUGGAGAUUGUGUCAAUAGGAGUAAUAAAAGGACAUUGGGGAAAGGAGGGUGGAAGAGAAAGAUUAAGGAGUUUAUUGAUGCACAAAUGAAGAAGAUUAUGGAGAAACAAGAGGAAUGGAUGGAGAAAAUGAUGAGGUCUAUUGAACAAAAAGAACAAGAAAGGCUUUUAAGAGAGGAACAAUGGAGGAAAGAAGAGGCGGCUAGGUUCGAGAAAGAACACAAGUUUUGGGCCAACGAACGAGCUUGGAUGGAGUCUAGAGAUGCCGCUUUGAUGGACGCUUUGCAUAAAUUGAACGAAAAAGAGUUGGAUCAUCAUCAUCAUAAGUCUUCUUCUCCAAAUAAUGAUCAAAUUAAUAAUGUACCUCAUCAUAACAAUAAUGGAAAGAUGGACACUACUGUUAAUCUUUCGAGUUGGGGUGAAAACGAGAUCACACGACUAAUCCAACUACGAACGAGUAUGGAAACAAGAUUCGAGCAAGGUGGAUGUAUGGAAGAGUAUUUGUGGGAAGAAGUUGCAUCUAAAAUGACAUCUUUUGGUUAUGAAAGAAAUAGUGUAACAUGCAAGGCUAAAUGGGAUAGCAUAAAUGAGUUUUUAAUGAGAACCAAGAAGAGAAAAGAGAACACAAGAAGUUCAAAUUCAUCAUACACUUAUCACUAUAACAAUGAAUCAUCACUUCCUCACAUAUUUCAUCAUCAGGGGGGAAUCUAUCGACAACAACCCAACGAACGACUAAUUGCGCCGAAUGAUCAACAAAACGACGGUACUUAUCGGUUUCUUAUGGGUGAUCCUCAGAACAUGUGGGAUGGGUAUGGCAUGAAGGUAAGCAAGGGUGAUAAUCACUAGUUAAUUAGGUUAUAUUUGUUAAGGGUGUGGGUAGGAAAGGUGGUUAUUGACUAUUUAAUUUUAGUCUCUGGGAAUUAAGUUGAUAUUUAACCAAAUUUCGUUUGGAAAUUAGUUGUGUGAAUAAGGUGAAAUUUGACUACGUUUAUUAAUUAAUGAUUUAUUAUUAAAUAUUUAAAUAGUAAGGAA